AUGAUGGAAUCACAAUCAUUCGCUGGUGUUGAGGCAGGUGGAACGAGCUUCACUGUGGCUAUUGCAACAGGUACACCUGGUAAUAUAGUGGAUCGUGUAUCAAUCCCAACUACUACACCUGAUGAGACAAGGGACAAUGUGCUCGCAUGGCUUAGACAGAAGAAGUUCUCGUCGUUGGGCGUUGCUUCAUUCGGCCCAGUCGACUUGGACAGAGACAGCAGCACCUACGGAUACAUCACCACCACACCCAAGCCAGGCUGGGCCAACACCAACAUCCUUGGCUGGUUCAACGAGUUCACCUGUCCCAAGGCAUUUGACACUGAUGUCAAUGGUGCCGCCAUCUCAGAGGCAUUCCAUGGUCAGCAUGCACGUGGAAACAUCACAUCUUGCGCCUACAUCACAGUGGGUACUGGUGUUGGUGUUGGUGUUGUAGUCAACUCACAGGCAGUGCAUGGUCUCGUUCAUCCAGAGGGUGGACAUGUGUACACCAAGCUUCUUGACGACGACCACUUUGCAGGCACAUGUCCAUUCCAUGGCAACUGCAUUGAAGGACUUGUGAGCACUGGUGCCAUCUCAAAGAGACUGGGAGUCACUGCCGACAAGCUUAACCUCAUCCCAGACGAUGACCCCGUGUGGAGAAUCGUUGGUCACUACCUCGCUCAACUCUGCGCCAACCUCACAUGCAUCAUCUCGCCACAUGUAAUCGUCCUCGGAGGUGGAGUAUUGAACAGAGAGACACUCUAUCCAAUCGUUCGUGAAGAGACUCUCAAGAUCCUAAAUGGAUACAUCAAGUCUGACUAUUUGACCAAGGAGAACAUUGACAAGUACAUUGUAAAGUCGCCAUACGGUGGUCAAGCAGGUAUCGUUGGUGCCAUUGAACUUGGCAAGAGAGCAAGCAAC